CCAUGGAUGCAUUGUUUCCACAAUAAAACUAUUUCUCCCGGAUGGUAUGGAAGCUAGGCUACGGUCAGAUGUCAUCCAUGCUUCAUUACCAAGUCCUGUUGAUAAGGUUGCUGCUAACACUCCCAGUAUGUAUUCUCAGGAACUGUUUCAGCUUUCUCAGUAUCUACAGGAAGCCUUACACAGGGAGCAAAUGUUGGAACAGAAGCUGGCCACCUUGCAACGAUUGCUUGCUGUCACUCAAGAGGCAUCAGAUACUAGCUGGCAGGCAUUGAUAGAUGAAGAUAGGCUACUAUCAAGGUUAGAGGUUAUGGGAAACCAGUUACAAGUGUGUUCAAAAAAUCAAACAGAAGACAGUUUACGAAAGGAACUUAUAGCAUUACAAGAAGAUAAACAUAAUUAUGAGACAACUGCCAAAGAGUCCCUGAGGCGGGUCCUUCAGGAAAAAAUUGAAGUGGUCAGAAAACUUUCUGAAGUGGAGCGAAGUUUAAGCAACACUGAAGAUGAAUGUACGCACUUGAAAGAAAUGAAUGAACGGACUCAGGAAGAGUUGCAGGAAUUGGCUAACAAAUACAAUGGAGCUGUAAAUGAAAUUAAAGAUUUAACUGACAAACUAAAGGCAGCUGAAGGAAGACAAGAAGAAAUCCAGCAAAAAGGACAGGUUGAGAAGAAGGAAUUGCAGCAGAAAAUAGAAGAAAUGGAAGAGAGAGAGCAGGAACUUCAGGCAAAAAUAGAGGCUUUGCAAGCAGAUAAUGACUUCACCAAUGAACGGCUAACUGCUUUGCAAGUCCGGUUAGAACAUCUUCAAGAGAAAGCUCUUAAAGAACACAACAGCUUAGGCAUACAAGUUGAUGACUUCAUUCCUAAAAUUAAUGGAAGCACAGAAAAAGAGCUCUUUCUUUCAAAGAGUGGAGGGGACUGCACUUUUAUUCAUCAGUUCAUAGAGUGCCAAACAGACAAGCUCAUAGACGAAGGACAUCUUUCCAGAGUGGAUGAAACAAAGAUUCUAAAAGAAAAUCAAACAAAAGCUAAAGAAGCAGAAUUGUCAGAUACUCUUAGCCCAAGCAAAGAGAAAAGCAGUGACGACACUACAGAUGCUCAAAUGGAUGACCAUGAAUUAAACGAACCUAUUGCUAAAGUAGCCCUCUUAAAAGCAGAUGAAUUGCAGGGUGCACAAUCAGAAACUGAAACUAAACAAGAAAUUCAGCAGCUGCACAAGGAACUGGUUGAAGCCCAAGAGCUAGCUAGGACAAGUAAACAAAAAUGCUUUGAACUGCAAGCUCUCUUAGAAGAAGAGAGAAAAGCUUACCGACUGCAAGCUGAAGAGUCCACCAAGCAAAUUCAAGUACUCCAAGCUCAGCUGCAUCGGCUGCAGGAAGAAAUUGAACGUGUUCGUAAGGAAAAGGAGAAUGAGAUCUCCAGUACACGGAAUGAGUUGUUUAGUGCUCAGAGAGAGAUUCUUUUGCUGCAGCAAGUGGCUGAAAAGGCUGCAUCAGAAAGGGAAACAGAUGUCACUGCUUUACAAGAAGAGCUUCAGAAUGUAAGAGCUGAGCUUGAAAGGUGGCGCAAAGAGGCUUCAGAAUAUGAAAAAGAGAUUGUUAAUCUCCAGGCCAGUUUUCAGUUACGAUGUCAGCAGUAUGAAGAGCAGAAGAGAGAGGAAGCCACCCGUCUACAAGGUAUAGCAGAAGUGCUUCAUAAUUAAUGAAAUGUAUAAAGU